AUGUAUGGUUAUUGUAUAUAAACGUUUUGAAUGAUAAUGUCAUAUCAUAAUUAAUUUAAUCAUAAUUAAUGAAUAGGAUUGAUUUUAAAUUUCAUAAAACAUAAUUUUUGCAGAGUUUAGCGUUGAAUGUCUGGUUCAAAUAGAUGACUUUAUCGAUGAGACAUCUCUUAAUUCGUGUUUAUUAAAUGGACGAUAGUACGAUAGUGAUCAUUUGAAAGGGAAAAGUCAAUUAAAGCUACAUAAAUGCUAUAUAACGCCGAGCGUAAUGUCGAAAAAGCCGGUAUACAAGGGCGAGGGCCGGCAGAGCAAAUAUUCCCACUUGGUCAACCCGGAAAGAGUCGAGAACAGCUUCCUUGCCGAAAUAGUUAGGGAUGAUGUUGCAGCUUCACAGAGGGCUGCUUCAGUCGAGGAGGACAAAUUCAGCAACCCGGCCGCCUUUUUCACAAGUCAAACUACAACCAAGAAGAAGGUGAUCACAGUAUCAGAGUCAGCUGCCAAAACCGUCGGACUGCCUGCAAGGGAGGUGACUGGCGAGUCAAAGGUCGUCCAGAAUGAAUGGGCCUGGAAGUUCCAACUGGCCCACGACGCUGAAGUCCAAGCGUUGCGCCAAGGUAUUAAAGUCAAGUCUCUCUACUCAGACGAUCCGAGGGAUGAGUCCAAGAAGAACACCUGGGGCAGAGUCACUAUCCCAAGCGAAGACUCUGACAAUCAGGAAAACGAUCCGUGGUAUUCCACCGAUGUAUGGGGUGACGACCUCUCAGAAGAAAUACUGCAGCAAAUUAACACCUUGGACAGUUCAUUGAUGACCCAGCAGAAAUCAAAAACACCCAAAAAGUUUGUAGUGCCUGAAAAGCAUAAGGUCUCAAACCCUCAAAAGAAGAAAGAAGAUUUUUUUAUGUCGAUAUUAAAAGAUGAUGAGGAAGGGUUCUUGGAUUGUUUACAAAGCCUUGAUUCCCAAGAUUCAUCUGGGACCGCUAAGUCUUCGUCACACAAGAGGAAAUCCACACAGAUACUCGGCACUUCUGCUCAGCCGCAGCCCCCUAAACUCAGCAAAAUAUCAACCCAGUUAUCAAAGCCUGUGCCAGGUACAUCAAAGCAACAGCCGAUCCUGAAGCCUUCAAUUCUGCAGUUCAGCUCGAAUCAGCCCAGCACCUCAUCAUUGUUCUCUCCAUUCAUAUCGACUCAAACAAAACCACUUACGGAACCUGGAGAUCUUGAGUCAUCAGAUAAACUCAGUUUAAGUCAAAGAAAACUGGAAAAACCUACUAAAAGUUUACCUUCCGCUAGUAGCCAAUCCUUUACAACAGAAUGGUUGAGAAGUCAACUAGAAAAAGUUAGCAAAGAUUAUAAAACAUUGAAAGAAGAACUGCAAACUAAAGAGGGCGAGACUAAACUGCUUCGUGAAAACCUGAAAUCAGCUCAGGCAGAGAUCGAAAAGCAUAAAGAGGAGAAGCUUAAAAGCGUGGACAUUGUUAAAAAAGAGAUGGAAGGAAAAGUCAAACAAAUAGAAAGACAGUUGGAAAUGACGAAAACGCAGAUGUUAUUCAAGACGAAGGCAUUAGAGGCUAUCAAUUUUGGAGGUGUAAAAAAUUUGAAUACAAUCAGUAAUAAUGAAAUUAUAAAUGAAACAAUAGAUGAGAUAGAGGCUAAUGUAGAAAAAGAAGAUGCCUUAAAAGUGGAAGAAAGUGAUUUUGAGAUUGAGCCAUACUACAGCACUGAAGAUUAUAAACAAUUAAUAACUCAAAUUAAAAAUGGUAAAAUUGUUGGAAGAAGUCUAGAUAUGUAUCAAAUGAUUGCUAAAGGGCGCUGGAAUGAUUUUCUAAAUGGGAAAAUACAAAAGAAAAUAAAAUUUACUCCCGAUGAAGACGAUCCGUACAGAGAAGAUCUGAUCGCGAUGAUGGAAGAGUUGAAAGUCGGCCCUCAAGGCAGAGAGUUCUUUCAGGAAUUGGGCAGGUUUGAUACAGGGAAGAAACUAAGAAUCUUCCUCACCGAGGAGCUAACACAGCAGCCUUCGGUUGAGUUCAACCACUUCACUAUGCCAAGAACCGACUACGUCCCAUCAAUCCUGACGCAUGCUGAUUUGUCCGACAAAGUGAUGGAAAAUUAUCACUUUAGGCGUCCCACUCUAGUCGACCUGUGGGAUACCAACUACAACGAAUUCGGCCCGGUUAAACUGUCAGAAUACGAAAAGACCGAAAUCGGUAAAUCAGUGGAUCCAGAUGUGUCCAAAGUCGUUCUGGGAAAAAGCAGAUUUUUUUCGACUCUCGAACCCGUCCAAAUGAACCUGCUUUUGUUGGAAAAAACACCAAUUUGGCAGAGAAAGGAAUUUCUAUUGGCGAAAGAGAUAGUUGAUUUGGUAACAGAAAUGGCCCGGGAAUUGUAUGCCACUUUAGGUGAUGUCAGAUUCCGAAAAGAAGAGUUCACACUUCCAGAUAGAGAGCCUGAAGUUAUAGAGCAGUGUUAUGACACAAGUGAACUUGAUGAGACCUUUUAUCCUUUUUCUUCCAAAAAAUGGAAGGAUGAAUGUUAUGUUGAACUACGCAGAGGAGUUACCCUUGUCGGAGUCCUUUGUGCUUGCAACGCCGACCUGACCAGAUUUGUUCUACAACCCAAAGGUUUUAAGCUGGAAAGAAAAAUCUCGAGAGGGAAAAAGAGUAGAAAGUCACAAUUGCAUGUUGAACAAAAGCCGUCUAUCAGCCUCGUUGACUCGGAAGGGAUUUCAAAUAGAUCAUUUAGGAUGGAUAUGGAUGAAAUAUACACACUUCAAACCCAGAAAUCAAUGACUGAUGUCUUAUCAGGCCGGUGUAGUGAUUCCGACGAGGACAUUAUGCAGGAAGAAGAUCAAGAUGACAAGGCCGAAAGGAAUAGCGUUGAGCUGGCAGAGAAGCUUGAACUGAAUUUCGAGAUUAUGCUGGCGAAAGCUGAAAUGGACGACGAUUCAAGCCCUUCACCAGAACCUUGUGAUAAAUACAUCCAGGUUGAGAAGAAAACCUUGCCUUUUCUCAGCACUGAAGAAGAGAUCCAAAAGAUGAGAGAAAAACUGAUCAAAGAAGGGUUAUACACGGCAGAUAAAGAGUUGGAACUUGUUUUGAACCUUGAGAGCAUUAACGCGAAUUGUUCAAAUGUCGAUAUGGACACGCAGGUACCACAGAAGAUGAAUAUACAAACUACCCAGAGUGAUUUCGAUCGAGAACCAACCUACUUGGAAGGCACUUUGAGUUCUAGGCUGAACAGUUUAACAAAAUCUAACAGGACUAAAAUACCACCAGGGCCAACUUCACAAAAAAGGCUUACUAAACAUGAAAAUCUGCAUAAAGCUAUUAUUUCUAAAGAUAGAAGUGAAGUUAGCAGAGCGGUAAAUGCUGAAUUGGAUGUAUCCAGCAGAAAUAUUGGAUUGAACUUGGGGCCAUCAGACACUUGCAUAUCUGAGGACGAGAAGAUAACAAUGAAGAUGAUCAUCGACCACAUCAACCAAAUAACAGGCAAAAUCAAAAUAUACGAAGCAGCCGACAUCCCGGAGAGCAUAGAUUAUUCAGGCCUCUGUAAAAAGGAAAAUGACAAAAAAGAUGAGGAUAAUUUGAAAGAAGUUCGGAAACGAAAAGCCAAAGAGAAAAUAGAAGCUCUGAAGUCAAAGAGACACGAGUUGGAAGUAUUGGGCGAGAGCCUCGAUGCCUGUGUGGGCUUAAAUUUAAACAAAUCGGAAGAAAGUAAGGCUCUGGACGUCAAAAAGUUGCCCGAAAGCAGAGGUAAAAAUAUGUUACAGAGGGUAUCACUCCCUUCAACAUCAUCCGCUGCCAAAGCAGAAUCAAGAAACCUGUUAAAAAAAGGUUCCUCUUUUAUAAAACCUGCACCGUCCGACGUUUCACAAAAUGAAACAUCAGGAUCAGUGACUAUUGAAACAAACGAUCCUAUCCAUAAAAACAGAAUAAAAAUAGAAGAAGACGACCCGACAGAUGGAAUAGACAUAAACCCAGAAAUCCUGAAAAAGGUGAAUGAUUAUUACCUUAAAAAAAAAUUCAUGAUGGAAGAUCACAAUUCACAAGAGUUCAGCCUUAACUCUGUAAACGAGGCAGAAGACAGCGAUAAUCAAAGUGAGGUAGUUGAUGAUAAAACAGAACCGCACGGUUCAGAAGAGGUCGAACCAAUGGACUUUCGAGAAAGAUUGAAAAUCAUGGAAACACCCAGGCCAGACAUUGAAUACAUAUCGGAUUUGGUGGAAAACUGGAUGAAGAAGAUGAAACAUGCCGGCCUCCUCGAGUUGCUCUGCGAAAUUUGCAAAGACACCGGAACAAUGAGAUUCACACCGAGGUUAAACGCACUCAUGAUAUCGAUAAUAAUAAUGCUUCAGUACAUUGUGCAGUAUCAGAAGGAUGAGGCAUUACCACACCUGAACAAAAUUAUAACAGUGGUACGGGAAGUUCUUUAUACGAGGCCGUCUCCAAUGGUCGUAUGCCAUAUUAACAGUUUUCUAACUCAUGCCGUGAUUAUAAAAGGCUUUUCUAAGAUGUUAUGCCAUAACGCUGAUCCCCGGACAUUUUGCGCAGACGAGGACAACAAAUCGUGGAUCAGAGGUGCCUGCCUCUUAGAAGUCUUGUGUCUCAUAGUUGACACGACCAUAGAUGAGUUUACGAACUGGAACACAUCCGUGUACCUGUCCCGUUGGUCGCAUUAUGUUUUCUGCAUGGACGAGGCGGGCAAAACAUGGUGCAACCAGGAAUCUGGGGGACAGAGAAGAUGCACCUGUUUGACUGCUUUGAUCAAUACUUCACUUAAUAUUUUCUUCAAUGCGGUUCAAGAAUAUCGAGCACUGAGUAUAAUGAAAAAUGAUAGUCGAAAGUCGAAGGAACUUAUGCUAAAAGAAGUUGUAAUGCUGGCAUUGCACGUUCUGCACUUCCUCAUCGAGAAUGACGAUCUUUUCACAAGUCACAUCAAAAACCGGCUUUACAUGUGUGCCGAGUACGUUAAACUUGUGCAUCAAAUGCAUAAAAAUACAAAUUUUCAGGCCGAUUUCGUCCUAACUGAGAACGAAGUGAUAAUGUUGGAAAAAAUAAUGAGCAAGGAUUUCAUAAAGAAAUUUCUCAAUGAUAAGCCCGACGCCAAACUUGUGCCGGAUUUCAGCGAUCACUUCCAAAACGGCGCACAUUGGAUGUCAGAUAUGAUGAGUGUAGACAAACUUUUUGAAAUGGAUGACACUUCGAGCGAUGAAGAUUGGUAAAUAUUGAAUAGAAUUAAAAUAUUUUUCACAGUUGUUAAAUUCAUAUUUUUUAAAUAAAUCUUGUUAUUUUU